GAGAUUGAAGUCCCUCUCCUCAAAGAAGUUCUUUAGUUUCUGUCACGUUUACGAUUUCAAGCUGCUGGGAUUUUCCUAAACAAAUUCGAUCACUUUUUGAUCUAUUAAAUGAAACCGGCAUCAUGACAUAGGAGAGCUUGUCCAAGAAUUAAAUUUUCAAAAUUUGAAUUCAGUCAUUUACUUGUGAUAUUUGAUCACACAUUCGAUUAAAAUUCGUAGACUAUGGAUUCUCAGUUUAUUAAUGAUGGUAAAGAAUUGGGCUACAAACCUGGAGAAGAAAUGCGCGAGUAUGUGUUUAAAUGUAAAGAAGAACAGAGACUUGCUAAGGAAAGAGAGAGAGAGGAGAUGAAAGCUGCAGAAGACGUGCGACGGGAAGAAAGAGAACAUGAGAAGGAGAUGAAGGAACUUGAUCUGAUAAUAGCCACAAUCAACGCAGCUGCCCCUGAAACUUUCGCUUAUAAUGUCGUGCUAUCGGAGGCCAUGUCUUCACAACAGAAAGGAUUUGCAAACUCCUCGGGAGCAACGUCAGAGAUUCUGCCGGAGACAAAGCAACAGCCCGACGAUGUGGACGCGAGCAAGCUUUGCAUUAGAAUUGUUCGCGCCGAAACGGUGGAGGGCCGCCCUGUCAACGUCAGCACCCAGACGCUAGCAGAUGACGAGUUCUACAACAUGAACCACAAGCGCAGGGGUGACUGCAUCAUCUUUUCUCACGACAAAUAUGAUAGUAAGCUUGGUCCGCGCGACAUGUCACCCGACGAUGCCCAACGGUGCCGGGAGACAUUCCAAAAACUCGGGUUUGAGGUUCAAAUUCACACGAACCUGAAGGAAAAAGAGCUUCUCGAUAAACUCCAAGAAGUGAGCGAGCGCGACCACAGCGACUGCGAUGCGUUGGUCAUCGUCUUCAUGAGCCACGGCGGAAACGAUGAGGGCUUGGAAUAUUUGUGCGCCUACGACGACAAGUUCCGCACCACGAAGUUGUGGGAGCUGUUCACGGGGGACAAGUGCCCCACGCUGGCGGGGAAACCAAAGCUUUUCUUCAUUCAGGCUUGUCGCGGCGUAAAGACAGACAAGGGCGUGGGGCUGCGCGUGACCACCGACAGCACCGCAGACAAGGAGAAGGAGUAUGUGCUACCUGCACACGCCGACUUCCUUAUCAUGUGGGGGUCCUUCGAAGGCUUGCCUGCGUUCAACCAGUCCGGAAGCGACAUAAAUGAAAGCGUCAUAAAUGGAAGCGUCUUCCUUCACUUCCUGAGCCUCGCCCUGAAAGAGGAGGGCACCUCGACUCCCCUCAUGGACAUCCUCAUCAAGGUGACCCGGCGAGUUGCGCUUGACUUCGACGUGGUUGUACAAGGCCACGAACAUCAAUGGAACAAGCAGGUGCCCAACAUCUCCAGCACGCUCACCAGGAAGCUGCUCUUUACUCAACCAAGCAAGAAGUAACCAUGCACGAAAGAUUCGGAACGCAGAAGUCUUAACUAGACUAUGUUAUCACUAGUGCCUCAAGCUGGUUUCUAAUUAUGCUCAAAGCAUCAAAUUAAUACCUUAUAGGCAGUCGAGUCCCAGCACACUGAAGUAAUAAUGGUGAACUGCCGUUAGUUUUUCGUUACACAUAAAAAUGAAGAAACCGAAUGACCAGUGGCUUAAACAAUCAAGAACGCAAAGUCUACCUCUUGGAAAAAGAGGUAGGUAUAUAAAACUAAUCAAUUGAAAUUUUGAAAUUAUUUGCGAAAAACACAACCAGAAGCACGACUGAAAAAUCUAGAAGCGUGCAAGUAAAAUUGAAUACUUUCAACUGCUUCCACAUUCAAAUAAUAAUUAAUAUGAGCCAAAUAAUCCUCUCUGACAUCGACAAAGAGGAAGUUAUCACCUUCAUGAAGCAAAAUUCAUUUGAAAACAUAUCUUUGAUAAGCAACAAUACAAGGUUCGGCAGCUUCAGUCUUCAUUUCCGCGGGUCAAUAUGAGUGGAAAAUAAUAAUUGUUGAUUAUGGUUUACAUAAGCCUUUUUUCAAAGCUGUCAUUGUGUUUGAACUAGAAGAUUGUUCCCAAAAUUGUUACCAUAAUUUGUGUGUUGAUAAUCCAGGUGACAUGAAAACGAAGUAAAAUCCUUAGCAAUAAAAAAAUAGCUGAAUAUUUAUCGAGCUAUCUGAGAGCAAUAAAACUGUAGAUAAGAGUUGAAUAAGUCAUGGCGUUGUAUACACGAUUUAACAUCAUUCCAGUAGGUAUAAUUUUUUUCGUUUUUCCCUUAUACUCUUCAACAUACUUGAACUCUUCGCGGUUUUGGAGGGACAUACCACAGUCGCCAAUAUAAUCAUACAUCUUCCUCAUUAUAAUCAAAAAUAGAGUAAAACAUGAAUGCGGAACUUUUUAUGCCAUAUUAGUAAACAUUGUAACAAAUAAUUGUAUAAGAACCUUUGAACAUUCUUUCAUCCAUAAAACAAAUAUAUAGUACUUUUAAUACUUAUUAUAAGGGAAAAGGGAAUUUAUUAUAAGGGAAUACUUAUUAAAGGGGAAAGCGCCAAAAAAUAAC